AUGACGGUGUGGUGGUUCCCCGACUUCACCGUGUCGUCUCAUAAGACUUCCAGGAUCAAGAGAUUCCCGGCCAAGAAACAGAAGCAGAAUCAGCCCAUUCCCCAGUGGAUUCGAAUGAAAACCGGCAAUAAGAUCAGGUACAACUCCAGCAGAAGACAUUGGAGAAGAACCAAGCUGGGUCUGUCAGGAGCCCCCUGA